AUGGACAGGAAGAUAGUUCAGGUGAUGAGGAAGCUGUACGAGGAGAAUGAAGUCAAGUUCACAAUAGGAAAUAUCAGUAUAGGCUGGAUGAAGAAUAACAUUGGAGUAUGUCAGGGAUGUGUGAUCUCUCCAACCCUAUUCAAUAUUUACACAGAGUUGAUAGCGAGGAUUAGGAUAUCAGGGUGGGGAGUCAAAGUAGGGGAUGGGAUACUAGGUUGCUUAGCUCAUACUGACGACAUAGUGCUGAAGGCAGAGAGUAAUAAGAUAAAGGAGUUAUUACAGAAGUGUGCCGUUGGAAAAGCGAGGGCUAGCUACUCUGGCGAGGACCGAAGAAGGAGGCACAAGGAGGCGGGAAGCUCAGGCGAGAAGACAGAGGCUGGUGACAUUAAUGAUCACUGGCAUUGGCAGACAUUAGGCAAGCAAGCAGUAGGAAGCCUCACACUCAGCAGUAGUACUUGUGACUGGUGCAAAACUGUUGACGAACACAAGGAGAGUAUUGGAGCUUGUCGCCUGGCAACCAGACAGGCUGUUUGUGUUUCGCCAUACUUUGAAACUUGCCGUUUUGCGGAUCUUUUAAACAUGGCAGAUAGACGGAAGCGUGCUGCAAAGAAGAAUGUGGCAGAGGAGACACUGGAGGAGGAUGAGCCUGUUGUGAAGAGAGGACGUGGCAGAGGAAGGCAGGCAGCAGGCAAGGCAGUGGCUGGAAGGAAGAUAGAAGAGCAGGUACAAGUGAAGGAAGAGCUGCAGGAGAGAGAUGAGGAGGAGAGUGUCACACCAGCAGUCACAAAGAAGACUAAAAGAGGAACACGAGCAGAAAAAGUCCAGAAGGAGAUAAAGAAGGAACCCACAAUUGAAGAUGAUGAAAUAGAGGAGGAGGAGGAGGAGGUGACAGUAGCAGCAGCUGAGAAGGCAGAGAUGAAGAAAGGGAGGCGAGGGAGGAAGGCGGUUCAACAGACAGAGAGUGAGGAUGCAGCAACCCAGAGCAGCGUGGCAAAGAAGAGAGGCAGAGGAGCAGCAAAGGAGCCAUCUGUACAGGAAGAAAGUGAACCAACUGUUAAAAAGGGUAAAAGAGGAAGAAAGCCAGCUGUCAAAGUAGAGGAAGAAGACACAGCUACCAAGGGAGAGGUGAAGCAGGAAGCACCGUCCACAGCCAAGGGGAAGAGAGGCCGGCCAAAAGCUGCCAAGGUAAAGGAGGAAGCAGAAGAGAAGAGUGGUGAAGCGGACCAGGAUGAAGGGAAGGCUGCCAGCUCUUCCAAGGCCUCAGGUGGGAGAAAUGCUAAGUCCAAGGGUGCCAAGGGGAAGAGAGGGGGUGCCAGGGCCAUCACAGCUGAAGAGAAAGAGAAUACUGACACCAGUAACCUGCCUAAGAAGUCUGUUGAGAAGACAGGUGUGGAGCGAGUGGUGGUGGUGAAGGGUCGAGCAGCAGUGGACGCCCUGUGCCCCAUUGCCCAGCACUGCCAUGUGUAUGAGGAUGAGGAUGACAUCUGGGACUGCAUGCUCAACCAGACUAACAUCCAGUUCAACAACAACAAGUACUACCUCAUUCAGCUGCUGGAGGACGACUCGAGUAAGUCUUACUCAGUGUGGAUGCGAUGGGGACGUGUGGGUGCCAACGGCCAGAACAGCCUGCAGGCCUGCAGUGGUGACCUCUCCAAGGCCAUGAACAUAUUUAAGAAGAAGUUCAGUGACAAGACCAAGAAUGAGUGGGAGCUGCGGUCCAUAUUUGAAAAAGUGCCUGGAAAGUAUGACCUGCUCCAGAUGGAUUACUCUAAAGGAACAGACACUCCUGAUGCUGGUGCUGCCAUCAAAAAACCCAAGGAGAAGACAGAUUUGGUUUGUAAGCUGCAUCCCAUAGUGAAGGCUGUCAUUGAGCUGAUCUGUGACCUGCGCCGCAUGGAGGAAGCUGUGGUGGAAAUGAAGUAUGAUGCCAAAAAGGCUCCGCUGGGCAAGCUGACCACAGAACAGAUCAAGGCCGGCUAUCUGGCACUCAAACGCAUCGACACCCUCAUCCAGAGUAACAAGUGUGCCACAAAGGACUUGGUUCAGGCUUGCAACGACUUCUACACCAGGGUUCCUCACUACUUUGGCAUGAAGGUGCCUCCCCUCAUCCGCACACCAGCUGAGGUGCGGGAGAAAAUAGCGCUGCUUGAGGCACUAGGAGACAUCCAAGCUGCUUUGAGUGUGCUUGACCAGCCCAUUGAUGUCACUACCCAUCCAGCAGAUCAGCACUACCAUAGGCUGCAGUGCGACCUCACACCGCUGCCGAAAGAAUCUGAGGAAUACAAGAUAAUUGAAAAAUACAUGAAGACAACCCAUGCCAAGACCCACAACCACUACACGCUGAAGCUGCUGGAGGUGCUGGAGUGCCGCAAGGACAGUGAGCACCAGCGCUUCAAGGACGUAGGCAACAAGAUGCUGCUGUGGCAUGGCUCCCGUAUGUCCAACUGGGCCGGCAUCCUGAGCCAGGGUCUGCGCAUCGCCCCACCCGAGGCACCAGUCACUGGCUACAUGUUUGGAAAAGGCAUCUACUUUGCGGACAUGGUCAGCAAAAGUGCCAACUACUGCUGGGCCAAUUCGCGCAACAAUGUGGGUUUCCUGCUGCUAUCAGAGGUGGCACUGGGCAAGAGCAACCCACUCCUUCAGGCGGACUACGAGGCCAAUAAGCUGCCGCCGGGCUACCACUCAGUCAAAGGUUGUGGCAGGACAGCUCCCAAUCCUGAGAACUUCACCAAGCUGCCUGAUGGAACAGUGGUGCCCUUAGGACCUGGAGCAGAAGUUGUUGCCAAGGGAGCAUCUAAGUACAGUCUUCUUUACAAUGAGUAUAUUGUGUAUGACCCAGCACAGGUGCUUACAAGAUUCCUUCUGAAGGUUCAGUUUAACUUUUAAUUAGGAAAUGUGGUCCUCUUGUUUUAAGAAGCCAAAGGAGUAGGUUAGGUUAGUUUUCUUGUGAAAUGACUGAAUGUCUUUGAUGAGUCAUCAACACUGUCCUACAACACUGAACUAUAUCACUGCCUUUGAGAUGAGGUCUUUCAGUUUUAUGUUUGUGAUAAGGAAUAAAGCUUUGAUAAUAUGAA